CAACACCAGAAGGCCCUUCCUUUCCCAGUGGUGCUUGGGAGAGAGUCCUUCUUAGUCUCAAGUGUCCCAAAUCUCACCUCUGCCUCCUUCCCAUUGAGCCAGCUCUGGCAUGGCUUCCUGGUAUCCUGGCACUUGUCUCUCUUCUGCCCUGACCGGCUGGCUACUGUCACUGCUGGUGCCUCUGCUCCCUGCUCUUCUUUCGUCCCCGCUGGCCGUACGUGUGGGGGAUUCUGUCUCCCUCUCCAUCCCAUUCCCCUUACCCUCUUUUCAGAUUCAAACCACUAUUAUCUGGAGAAAGGAUACGACUAUCCUGGCGAUAGGGACCCUGCAUCCCAAUUUCACCGUUGUGGUAGCCCCCAGCUUCCGUCCUCAGUUUAGUGUGGACCCUUGGCGUGGCAACCUUAACAUCACUGCAGUGACCACCUCCAAUUCUGGCAUCUACACAGUGGAGAUUUUCCCCUUGGGGAACUCAGUACAGAAGGAAAACUUCACCGUUCAAGUGUAUGAGGAUGUAGGCAAUGUGUUUGUGAGCCCACCAUCUGCAGAAGCAACAGAAGGAGACAGCUCAGUAGCUCUGAACUGCACCCCAGUCCGAGGCUCCGUAUCCUGGACCAAAGAUGGGCAGAGUCUUGGUGACAAUCCCCGAUAUCUGCGUUCUGCUGGAUACUUGCAGAUCAGAAGCCCUCAACGUAUGGACACAGGCACCUACCAUUGUAGCAUCUCCAAUCCAUUCAGUAAUGGGACUGGCAUUGCUAACCUUACUGUCUAUUAUGGUCCAGAGACUCCAACAAUCACCAUCUCAUCUUCGGACCAGGAUUUGGAUGCUAGGAGCUUUGUUCUGGUGAACAGUACUGUGAACUUAACUUGUCUGGCACCAUCUGAGCCUCAGGCAAGGAUCUACUGGAAUGUGGCAGAUAUUGAAGAUCCCGAUGUGCCCUCCUUGCCAGUUCUGCAGCUCUCUCGAGUGCAGUUGAAUCAAGCUGGGCCAUAUUCAUGCUUGGCCAUUAACCAGCGCACCCAAAAACGUGUUCGGAACACUGUCAACCUCAAAGUUGCCCAACAACCUUCUGGGUCUCCCCGCUGCGCUGUGAUUUCAGCAGACAAUGGCACCGCUUUGCUUUUCAUCUGUUCCUGGCUUGGGGGAUAUCCUGCUCCCCAUUUGAGUUUCCAGGGGCUCCCAGGGAACAGCAAGGAGGUCAGUGCCUCUAACUUGCAGCAACCGGUGGUCUCUCCCUUCCCAUCUGGGCUCAGUGGUAAAACCAUCACCUGUCUGGGACGCCACUUGACUAAGAAGGGCAACUGCAGCAUGAUUCCAGAAGCCCCCUCGGGAGUCUUGCUCUCAUUCCAGGUACACAGCAAUGAUGAUGGACCUGUGGCUGUGGAACUCCAUUGCCAAGGCAUCUUCAACCCAGUAGAGAUUGAAUGGUUUCGGGACAAGAAGUCCCUGAGUCCCACCAGUGGCCAUUAUCAGCUGAGCCCUGAUAGGACACGGUUCACCAUCUGGAACUUCACUGCUCCGCAGGAAUUAGGGGAUUACAGUGCUACCUGCUCUAAUCCAUUGGGAUCCCAACAGUCCAACAUUACUAUCACUGGUCCUGCCAUCUCUAAUUGGACUCUGUCUCAUGGACCUCAUCCUGGUUCUGUUUACCUGGAAUGGACAAUUCCUAAGGGAUCUGUGGUUACCGGCUUUUGGAUCCAGAUGCAGAGCCCUAAGCAAAGUCGUUCUGGUGAGGAGUGGAAGACAGUGGAAGUCCUAGGUGCUACCAACAGAUCGGCCACUAUUGUGGGACUGGAGCCCCAAACUCCCUACUCCUUCCAGAUUGUGCCUCGCUUGGGGUCCCAAGCUGGCAAUGCAUCUUAUGUUCAAAACCUCCAGCCACCAGUUGAACAUCUGAGUGGUGGUGCCAUUGCUGGAAUUGUGAUUGGCUCAAUCUUUGGGAUGCUUCUGAUCAUUGUCCUCCUGUUCUUGCUGGUCUGGCUGAUUUGGCUCACCUGCCGUCGAAGAGCAAAGAACACGAAAGUUCCGCUUGAGAAUCAACAGCACUACUUGUCACGCCAGUUUCCCAACGGUAACAAGCUGGAGUCAAAUGACCCUUCUUGGAGGAAUUCCUGUUGGUCAUCUGGAGACUCAGACAUCUAUGCCAUCACCUAUGAGAAACACCUGUGCAAAUAUGGAAGUCCAACUUCACUGCCCAUCAGUACCAUGGAUUGCAGCUUUCCUCUCCCAGCGCCACAACCCGGUCCCAGGCAUGUACGCAGUGCUACCCAAGUCUGAGGUUGUGAAGAUAACAUCUUGGGAACUUUGACUCAAGAGCAAGCAUGUACAACAAACUGAUGUGCCACUGAUAUGAGAACCAGGCAUCCAAAGAUGGAACCUUGCCAUCUUCCUGUGGCCUCUUCAUUGAGAGACUCAGCAUGGAGUAUGAGAUCAAGGCCUCUGGAAUUAGAAACCUUGGUUUCCUGGCAUACUGAUGGCAACAGACCACACAAAAGAUGACCCAAGUAAGGGAAGAGUGAAAUAAGGAGGUCUCAGGGUGAUAUACUUUAUCUAGGUUGAAUGCAAAGAAUUGUUUAUGGAAAUCCCCUGAGAUUUCCAUUGUGCUUGUACCAAGGGUCUCUUGGAAUGGUGCACAUAACAUGAAUUUUUGGACUGAUGUAAGAAGACAUCCAGACAUUAAGCUGCUGUAUUGAUGAUAUACUACAUGGAGUCUUAUGCUUGCCUUAUAGCAGAGGGUUGUGUAAAGAAGACCACAUCCAUGCUGUAAAAGAAGUAUUUGGAUCUGGAGCCAAGCAGAGCUGAUUCUUUGGGGGAGUUAGAUCUUUGAAUACACCAGGAAAGAUGUGUCUUUUUUGCUAGACCACUUCAGGUUCUUGUGUUUUAUGAUUGUAGGGUUACAUCUGCCAGAGUUCUGCUUUCUGUUAUCAAGUAUAGGACUACUGACAUGUUCCAUUCCAGAGUCUUGAAAUUCUACUAGGACUCUCUUUGCUGAACUUGAAUGAAAACAGUGGCAGUUGGUCCUUUAAGCUAGAAGUAAAGGGCGUAUAUCUUUCAACGAGGUGUUACUGCUUACCUGACAUGGUAAGGUGAGCCACUUUCUUCCUGAAAUGAAAAGGAGAAACUGCAACUUCCUUUGUAGGGAUGGCUUAAAGAAAACCCUCUCCAAAGUUUAGGGUUGCCACAUUGUAUGCCUGGGUGGUUUUUUUUUAAAUAAACCAGUAUU